UAUAGAUCAGUGAGAACCCAAAAGUUCAACGCGACUAUCAAAAUUAGUAGAGAACUUUAGCUGAGAAAGCUUUUCCAGUAGAUUUCAAUAAACAAUAAACAAUAAACAAAAAACGUCAUCAAUAUGCCUUGCCCAUGUGGAACCGGUUGUAAAUGCGCCUCUGAGAAGCAGAGCAAUUGUGGUUGUGGAGCUUCAUGCAAAUGCGCCAGUGCAAGCAAAUGAAGAUACUUUAGCUUUCAUCGUUCAAUAGUUUAAGAUUUGUCAUCAUAUUUCAUUAAUUUUGAUUCGGAUUCACAUCUACAAACGACGUCAAUUUAAUGACUGAAAUUUGAACCCAACAUCGUCUGACUAGCUUUAAGGCUUAUUUUUAAGUUUAUUUACUUAAACCAUCUUAUGCGCAGUAGCAUUUCAAUUGAAAAGUAAUUAAAAUAAAAAAA